AUGUCUGACACCGAAAUAGACACCGAAAUAGACGAAACACCUCGUCCAGCGGCGGCUGAUGACCUUGAUUUAAAUAAAUCAUUACAAGAAGUGCUAAAAGCAGCUGCCACACACGAUGGUCUAGCACGUGGUUUAAGAGAAGCCGUUAAAUCUUUAGAUAAACGUGAAGCACAUUUAUGUGUAUUAGCAUCAAAUUGUGAUGAACCGAAUUAUGUUAAACUAAUUGAAGCAUUAUGUGCAGAACAUAAUAUUAAUUUAUUACGUGUUGAUGAUAAUAAAAAGUUAGGUGAAUGGGCCGGUCUAUGUAAACGAGAUAAAGAUGGAAAAGCAAGAAAAGUUGUUGGAUGUAGUUGUGUUGUGGUGAAAGAUUUUGGAGAUGAUACACCAGCACACUAUCACUUACAAGAAUAUAUGAAAAAAAAUAAAAGUGCUGCGUAA